AUGUGCGCAUUGGAAGAGCAUCAAGAGCUGUAUGGAAUUCCGGCAAGGCAAGCUGAACAACAAGAAGAAAACAAUAAUCAGAUGUUCCAACAAGAUCAUGAUCAAGAGCGAGAAAAUAGAAGAGGCCCGGAUCCUCCAGAGCCAGAUAGUGGAGUUCUUGUUUCCAAUGAAAACGAAGGUUCUGAUCAGUGCCUUGAAUUGGUUUGUAUGCCAAUGAUCAAAAAUGCUAUGCAGGCUGCCGGUCUGAAAUACAAUAAGAGAACUGGAAAAUAUAUCAACUCAAUCCUUGGUGCAUAUGAGGAAGGAUUUGAAUAUAUGGAAGGUGUGAAAUCCGCUGAAAUUUAUAUACAUCCUCGGCAACUGGCACCUAUCAUUGAAGAACUCAAUGCCCUCUACGAAUGUCACUGGUUCAUUGACCAACUUCGUGCCAACAUGAAAGCCAAUCGAUGGGGCAGCUAUUUUGUGGCAACCAAUACUGAACAUAUAAUUUGUUAUUAA